AUGGCUCCCGGCGCAGUUCAGAACGGCAGCGCAGCCGUAGGUAGCAAUGGAACUACCUUGAAGCCAACGGCGCGCGCAUUCCACCCCACAGGCACUCCGGACCCUGCGAAGUAUCAUGCUUCGUCUUCUGAGGAAGCCAUAACGGCGGAGGCCAAGUUUGCUGCUCACAACUAUCAUCCGCUGCCAAUUGUCUUCUCGCGAGCAAGUGGCUGCUCUGUCUGGGACCCCGAAGGCAAGCACUACCUCGACUUCCUCUCCGCAUACAGCGCCGUGAACCAGGGCCAUUGCCACCCAGAGCUGGUGAAGGCGUUGACCGAGCAGGCCUCGAGGUUGACGCUGAGCAGCCGGGCGUUCUACAAUGAUGUCUUCCCACGCUUCGCCGAAUUCGCUACCAAGAUGUUCGGCUUCGAUAUGCUGCUGCCGAUGAACACUGGCGCAGAAGCGGUUGAGACCGCUGUGAAGAUUGCGCGGAAGUGGGGCUACAAAGUAAAGGGGAUACCGCACGAUGAGGCAUUGGUGUUCUCAGUGCAGGAGAACUUCCACGGACGGACGUUCGCCGCGAUCACUAUGUCGACCGACCCCGAAUCACGAGACAACUAUGGCCCAUACCUUCCCAAUAUCGGCAGCUUCAACCCUUCGACUGGAAAGCCAAUCAGAUAUAACAACGUGGACGAUGUGCGCGAAGUUCUUGAAAGCUAUGGAAAGACCACCGCUGCUUUCCUUGUCGAGCCUAUCCAGGGUGAGGCAGGUAUCGUGGUGCCAGACGACAGCUACCUGCGGGAGGCUAAGGCACUUUGCGUGAAGCACAAUGUGCUACUGAUUUGCGACGAAAUCCAAACCGGCAUCGCGCGGACAGGCAAACUACUAUGCCACGAAUGGAGCGGAAUCAAGCCAGACCUUGUUCUGCUCGGAAAAGCCAUCUCAGGCGGCAUGUAUCCUGUGUCGUGUGUUUUGGGCUCGAAAGAGGUCAUGCUCACAAUCGAGCCCGGCACACACGGUUCGACGUACGGGGGCAACCCUCUGGGAUCUGCUGUCGCCAUCCGAGCACUCGAAAUCAUCCAGGAAGAGAACUUGGUCGAGCGUGCCGAGACGCUGGGCAACAAGUUCCGCGACGGUCUGAAGGCGAUUAACAACCCCAUGAUCAAGCUCAUCCGUGGAAAGGGUCUGCUGAACGCUAUCGUAAUUGAUGAGACCAAGACGAGCGGCCACAGCGCUUGGGAUCUGUGUAUGCUCUUCAAAGAGAAGGGCCUACUGGUAGGAAGAGCCCUCAAGAUUGCACAUGUCACGAAUAUACAGAGUACUGAUGCUGAAGGACAGGCCAAGCCGACUCACCAGAACAUUAUCCGUCUAGCCCCGCCGCUUGUCAUUACCGAGCAAGAAAUCGAUAGCGCCCUCGCUAUCAUCAAGGAUGCCAUGGAGGAGCUACCGAACCUCAAGGGCGAGAAAGAGAAGGAAAUACUUCCUCCGGGCGAGAGAAAUGUUCACAUCGGCAUCGAGAAUUAG